AAUUGUGUUACAGCAGAAAAUUUGUAUUCAACUAUGUGGGGGAGUUGUAAAAUGUAGACAUUUUCUUUAGGGCGUGGCAACCGCGUUGGAAAAUGAUAAAUUAGCGAUUAAAAUUUCAUAAAUUGUGCAAUUUCUACCACAAAUUAAGUGUGAAUGCGAACGUGAAAAACACAAUUAGUGCAUACAUAUAUACAAAAGUAUAUAGUAUGAAUACAUUUAGCUGCGAAUCGAAGUGAUAAGAUAAGUAACAACGCGUUCGCAUUGCACUUCAAACGCUAUCUCCUUCUCUCUCAGCUUGCUUUCCACAUAAAAAACAGGAACUCCACUUGAUGACAGGUUGCUGGCAACAUUUAUUAAUGGAACCAACGAGAAAGCCAUGCAAUAGCGACGAAUAAAGACAUUGAUAGUUCCGAUAGGGCGCGAUACGAAACGCAAAUCGACGACAAACAGCAGUGACCAGUAAAGGUAGCAGGAAGCCAUGUUUCUGCGUCUUUCGUUCGCCCAGCUAUCUGUGCUGCUAACGUGGCUGGCAAUCGGGGCUCAAGGCUUGGACUGCCCAGCAGCAUGCAGGUGUGCCUGGGUGCUGGACAGUUUGGAGGUGAAUUGCUCUGACCGAGGCCUGAGCGUUUAUCCUUCGCUUGAGAAUGUGCCGGUGGAACAUUUGGAUCUGUCGGGGAAUCUGUUUCGCGAGUUCCCCAAGCAGUAUGCAGACAUCGAAUCGCUGAUGUAUUUGGAUUUGUCCAAUAAUAGGAUUUCUCAAUUGGAUGCUGGCGCGUUGAUUGGAUUUACAUCGCUGCGCACAUUGCUGCUCGCUAAUAACUCAAUCGUGAACUGGUCUCAACUAAAUCCCAGCGAGACGUUUUGGUAUGCCACCAAUUUGAAGCACUUGAACCUUAGCGGCAAUCGUCUGGAUAGUUUUAUCAAUGAAGACGCCAGCCAGCAGCUCAGCAGUCAGUCCUUGACGCAUUUGGAUCUCUCCAGCUGCGGCAUAAGUGUCGUUGGUGGCGAUCAUCUGAACAGCCAUCUGCCAAAUCUGGAGCGUCUAAUCCUGAGCAACAACAAGCUGACACAAAUCUCGACGCUGCAUUCGGAUAGCCUUCGGCUGUUGGACCUAAGCAACUGCAGCUUGCAGCGGGUCAACUCGAUGUUUAUUGCGGCCCUGCCCAGCUUGGAGCAGCUUUAUCUCUCCUACAACUCGCAGCUGCAGUUUGGCAGCAGAGACGAAGAUCUAAUCAUUGCAUACUCGCUUCGACAGCUCGAUGCAUCCUACUCCAAUCUGGAUGACAUCGAUUUGAGAGGUCUGCCCGCCUUGACGAAUGUGCGGUUGCGCGGCAAUUUGCUGCGAUCCGUAGAUAGUCGCACAUUCGAGAACAACACCCAGCUGGAGUUCUUGGACUUGUCCGAGAACAUGGUGCGUCUAAUUGGGGCCGGUGCCUUUAAUGGUUUGAAGCGCCUUAAGCAAUUGAAUCUGGCCUACAACGAAAUCGCAAGACUAGACCGCAAUGUCAUUUCCAGCAACGACGUCCUCUUGGAUCUUAAUCUGAGUCACAACGUCAUUCAGAAGCUAACAAAAAUCGUUUCCAACUCGGUGCGCUUCAUCAAUAUGAGUUGGUGUGAAAUAACAGCCAUCGACAGCAUGGCCUUCUCGGGUCUAUCAGCCAUCCAGCACUUGGAUCUGUCCCACAACCUAAUCGGUGAUGUGCCCAGUCUAAUGCACUCGGAAACUUUGCGCUCUUUGGAUUUAAGCAAUUGCAGGCUAUCCACAGUGCGUAAUACCACGUUUAAGGAGUUUCCAGAACUGUCUACGCUGCGUCUGAAUGGGAAUCGCCUAACGAAUGCCAUACCGCCGUCACAUUUUCGCGAGAACAAAUUUCUCGACCAAAUUUGGCUUGGCGACAAUCCCUGGAUUUGUGGCUGCCGCGAUCAGCACUUUAUCGAAUUCUAUGAUUACCUGACCACCAAACCAGCCAGGGUUCGGGAUCGGAACCAUCUGCGUUGUGGCUCGCCAGCAAAUAAUUAUGGCAAGCUCUGGGAAAACGCAUGCAUGGGUGUCUGGAUGGCAAAUGUGCGCAGUAGCCAUGCCGAAGAGGUUUGGUCCAAUAUCCUCAUUGGCAUUAUUGUGAUUGGCGCAAUUAUUCUAAUCUACUCCUGCUUGCGAAAAGCCGUGCGAAAACACAAGGUGCGCCAUGAUAGGCGGGAGUACGCAGAGAAUCGUGACGAGUUACAGCGCAUACGAGACAUUAACGAGCGCAUGCUGCAAGAGGAGAGACCUCCGGUCCGUACGCUUAUAGCACAAGAGACUAACCUGCCCUCCUACGAGGACGCCCUACGGAUGCCAAAGCUGGUGCGUCCUGUAAAGUCAAUGGGCGAUUUGACUGGCACAGGGCGAUCGCGCAAGCAAUUGCGUCGGUCACAGACGCAGCAAGACGGCGAACAGUCCGCCGGGGAGGAUGAACUACAGCUGGACUCCAGGCAGAGGUUCCGCAGCGUGGAAAUGCUUUCGAAUCGCGACAAGGAGCGCACAGCCCAAUAUGCGCCCUUCCGACGCACUGGUUACAUGGAAUACAGUCAGUCGGGUAGUCGACGGUUCAGCAUCGAGGACUCAAGGUUUCCGGCAGCGCACCUCAAGACGCAAAAUUUGCAGAGUGCGGAGCAGAUAGGCAAUUUCCAGAGCUACGAAAACAGUCCCUACACGAAGCGAAAGCCCAAAAUUGCCGAAAUACCUCCGUUCAAGAGAAUCAACCUGAUUGGAAACAGCGUUGAGUUCCUCACAGAUCCCGAGGAUGAUCUGAGCAGCAAACAGGGCAGUCCCUUCGCAAAGCGAAAACCAAAGUUGCCACCGGUGGUCCAUGUGCAGGCCCAGGUCUAUGCCCUUGAGCAGAAGCUGACGGGUGUAUUGGAGCCAGCUAUCGAGGACUACUACAGUCCCACACAAAAGGCUGUCUCCUCAUCAACCAUUGCCAGCGAUUUCCAAGAGCUCGUCGAACCAGAACUCACUUCGCUUCCGGACGAUAGCAGAUCAACUGCCACCACUUCGGAUCCGGAACAAAGUCUGGAGCGGGGCAAACGAAAGAAGCGCAAGAAUUCUGCCAGCCGUCGUGCCAGUGGAAAUUUCAACGCUGCUGUCGAUGGCAGCGUUUCUUCCAGCGAUGAUGAGCGAAGCAUCCAAGCACGACAGCCCAUGCGAGAGACAUUAUUUUAAGUCAAAAACUGUAUUAGUUAAGUUUUAUGUAAAUUUAUGUUUAGGCGUCGAAACAACUAAAGUUUAUAUUGUAAGUAUGCUAGACCAAAGCUAUGGUCAGACAAGCAAAUCAUUUGCACACAAAUCUGUCUUAUUUUUAAAGUUAGCUUUAAUAAGUAAAGUCCAGAAAAGUUUUAGCAGAAUUAGGACAAAUUUUGAAUGAAGUAACAUAAUAUUUAUAACUCACUUGUGAAAUUCUAUAAAUUUGUGUACAAAUAAUUUGCAUGUCUAAUACCUACUACUUCAAAACACCGGCUUAAAAUGGCUCAGAAAAUAUCUGAGUACACUUGGGUUUUUACAACUAUUCCUUUAUUGUAUUUGUACAUAGAGUUGCUGUUUCCAGAAACUAACAGAGUAGGUAAAACUUGCACAGGUUGGAUCUAUACCUAUACUUUGACUAAUAACCUUUAAGCUAUAUUGUUUUGUAUUCAUUUUGUAUGCAUUAAAACCAAAUAAGAAAAUGAUUAUGGUGUGUACUGGAUCCUAAAAAAGGAAAACCGACCACAUAUGUUCAGGACUUUGUUCAGAAACCCUGUAAGCUUAUUGUAAUCAAAAAAACAAAAAGUAUAACUAUGGCAGCUAAAUUGUA